GCCUGUAAAAGGUUGGUCCCGCAGGUAAGGCACAUUAGGCACAAGCCGUGAUGUCGAUGGGUAAGUGCGGGGCAACGAGGAUGCCAGGGAGCCGAAAACGAUCAACAUGCCUGGGUGGUCCUUGUGAACACUCCAGAUAACAACAGACUGCAACGUCAGACGAGCACUUGUCUUCAGGGUCUACCAUUCUGCAUUCACUCUCUCUCUUACAAGACUGAUACGAUACUUGCCACGAAACACAGUACACAAUGUCGAACGACCUAAACGAAGGCACGACUCCCGACCUUAAGGUUGACGAUAAUCCUAUCUCUCCGCUUGAGCGCCGUAACUCUCUCGAGAAACACUUACAAUUACGACCGGAGGCUCAAGACCUGAAGAACCGGAACAUCUUACUUGACACUAAUGCUGCUCCGGCACUACAGGCGAAACAGCUAGAACUCGAACGACAACAACACACCGAUAGUCUAAGAAGGCAACUCGAGAAGCGCCCGGAGAAAGAGGAAUUGGUCGAACGGAACAUCCUGCCUGAAUCAAACGCUGCCCCUGCACUGCUAGCCAGCCAACGCAGUCUCGAGAAACACAUGCGUGCCGACAGUCUCGAGCAGAAAAUCCAACAGAGACCUAAGCCGGAGCAGUUGGUCAAAGAGGGAAUCCUGGAAGCAGACGAGGACCCAGUCAAAGAGUAGACAAAAGUACUCUUAAGUUUUCAAGACAUGAUGUGAUGAUCUGGAGUAGUGGAGAGAGCAAACAGGAGAACCGUGCUAUAGCUCUUGACAUACCCUGCCAA